ACCCAGAAGACGAACAUGAAGUCGAUUGUAAUUUUCUUGGCCCUGUUUGCCGCUUGCCAUGCGGCUCCUACAACUCCGGCUAACGUCAAGGAAGCCACUGAGGCUCUUUCUCGUCCUAGUCCUAUCGCUCCGGAUGUGAUCAGCGAUCCCAAACCCGUCGGCAAGGUUGUCCUCCUGAAGAGUGAGCCCACCCUGCAUCGUCAGAAGCGGGAUGAGACUGCUCACCCCAAACCCGACAGCGUGAAGGCCCGCGAUUUGCUGCAGCAUAAUCCCCUUCACCAGCAGGAAUCGCUUGGAAUCCAGACCCACGAGCCCCUGAAGCAUGAGGACAAGAAGUCCAAGCGCGAAGCUGACCACGAGGAAGGACAUCAUGAGGAGGGUCACCACGAGGAGCCGAAGAAGGAGGACGCCAAGGAUGCCCAUACUCAUGCCUUGCAUGCAGCUGCUCCUGCAGUCGAAGCCCACAAGAAGUCCAAGCGCGAAGCUGAUCACGAGGAAGGACAUCAUGAGGAGAGUCACCACGAGGAGCCGAAGAAGGAGGACGCCAAGGAUGCUCAUACUCAUGCCUUGCAUGCAGCUGCUCCUGCAGUCGAAGCCCACAAGAAGUCCAAGCGCGAAGCUGAUCACGAGGAAGGACAUCAUGAGGAGGGUCACCACGAGGAGCCGAAGAAGGAGGACGCCAAGGAUGCCCAUACUCAUGCCUUGCACGCAGCUGCUCCUGCAGUCGAAGCCCACAAGAAGUCCAAGCGCGAAGCUGAUCACGAGGAAGGACAUCAUGAGGAGGGUCACCACGAGGAGCCCAAGAAGGACGAGGCGAAGGAUAAUCAUGCUCAUGCCGACGCCCACAAGCAGUUGAAGCGUGAGGCUCACCACGAAGAAGGUCAUCACGAAGAGGGACAUCACGAGGAGCCCAAGAAGGAUGCCCUCCCUCAUGCAUUGCCUGCAUCCGCUCACACAGCCGAAGCUCCCAAGCAGAAGCGAAACUCACCCCCUAAGCCAGAGGCCUCAAAGUCCGAGCAUCGCGAAUCCCAUCAUCGCGAGGAGCAGCAUUCGGCGAAGCCAGACUCCCACGCCCACCACAAGCAGAGGCGCGAAGCUCCCUCAAAGCCUGCAUCCGAAACUGCCCACGAAGGACUGCAGCACGAUCCUAAGAAAGCCGAAGAGCUGCACAAAGCCAUAGAAGCACUGGCCGCUGGCCACUCCAAGGAUGCGCAGCGUCAUCAGCGUGACAUUCCAGUACCCACUGAGAUAAAGUCCAGCUCUGCUCCAGCCAACAACAAGGCAACCACAGAGUUGGCAAUUCCCAUCCACCAUCCCGUUUCCGUGGCCGAGCUGUUCCACAAGGAGAAGCCCGCCGCCGCAGCCGGUUCCAGCUCUGAGGAGAGCAAGGAGAAGAGCAAGGAAGCCGAGGCCUAAGCCAAGGCCACAACUUUGCCCCCCUGCUUAUUUAACUGGUGUGCCGAUAACUGUCCCAUCACGUUUUUCAUAAGGAAAAUAAAAAAAACGGAGAUUGAAAAAUAAACAAAAAAUAUUUACACGCUU